UAGUUCAUAGUUAACUUAUCAACUUCAAUCAUUUAUAGACUAAAUAACAAAAUAAAAACAGCAAAUGAAUAAAUGAGUCUCAAAAGUGUUUCAAUGAUCGUCAAGUGGAAUGUGGAUUACUGGAUUUUCAUCAUACUAUUGCUAUUGUUUGUUGGGCGAAAUCUAGGCUUUAGGUUCUCCAUAGUACACAACAAUGAUAUACGAGGCAGAUAUGUGUCUAUAAAGAGCCCCAAAGAAACUUGUCCCAUAGGCGACGAUGAGCGGGGUCUGUGCUUUGGGGGCAUGGCGAGAGUAGCUACGGCUGUGGCCAAGGCACGAGCUGAGGGUCCGACGAUUUAUCUGAAUGCUGGCAAUACAUUUCAAGGCACGCCCUGGUAUACUUUAUACAAGGGAGAUCUAGCGGCUGAGCUGCUGAAUAUUAUUGAACCAGAUGCAGUGUCUUUUGGCAAUCAUGAGUUCGAUGACAACGUGAAAGGUCUGAUGCCUUUUUUAAGGAAUGCAAAGUUUCCCGUUGUCUGCACUAAUAUGGAGUUUGAGAAGAAUCCAAUACUACGCAACAUUACCAACUUAGCCAAGUCGGUUAUCAUCACAAAAUUUGAAAUGAAGAUUGGAGUCGUCGGCUAUGUAACACCCAUGACAGUGAGUGAAGUGGCAGGUCUUCAAGUUGAAAUUCAAAAUGAAAUACCGGCCAUAAAUGCCGAAGUGAAAAAACUAAUUGCUAAGGGAGUUAAGAUCAUCAUUGCCCUCGGAAACUCUGGCUACAAAAUGGAUCAAGAGAUUGCCGAGAAUUGCAUGGAUGUCGACAUUGUCGUCGGCGGACACUCGAGAACGUUUCUAUUCACUGGCUCUCCACCAGCUAAGGAGAUACCUGAGGGCAAUUAUCCGACUGUGGUCACCCGAUCAAAUGGUCAACAAGUGCCUGUGGUUCAGGCAUAUGCAUUUGGCAAAUAUUUGGGUAAACUUGAUGUCGAGUUUGACAAUGGAGGAUAUCUGAUCAAAUAUACUGGCUCACCCAUACUAUUGGACGAUUCGAUACAGCAUGAUAUCAGAGUCCGAUCUAUGUUGGCCGGAAAGCGAGCUACAAUAGAAAAACUUGAAGAGAAAAUUGUUGGCACAACGAAGGUGCUGCUCAAUGGGGACCCAUCCGUGUGCCGAGAGCGCGAAUGUAAUUUUGGCAGCUUCAUUGCAGAUGCCUUUGUCUACGCCCGUGUUAUUGAGAACUACGGCGGUGUUUAUUGGACGGAUGCUGCAAUAGGCAUCAUGAAUGCGGGAGGUAUACGCUCGAGCAUAGAUCCGGGAUCAGAUGGAUCCAUAAGCGAAAUGGAUGUCAUGAAGGCUUUGCCCUUUGGCAAUCGCGUAGUAGUCAGUCGGAUUACGGGCAAAGAUCUUCUCAAAGCUUUGGAGUAUUCGGCCACGUUGCGUCACACCAAGAAAGAUGGCGGCUUUCUGCAGGUGUCUGGCAUUCGCAUGGUCAUCAACUACAAUCAACCCAAGGGAAGGCGCAUCACAUCAAUAAACGUUCUAUGCUCUCACUGUAGAAUUCCCGAAUACCUGCCCUUAAUUAAAGACCGACACUAUUCGGUGAUUGUGCCCAAUUAUCUUUUCAAUGGUGGCGAUGGUCACAAAUACUUCAAGGAUCCCACAGAACCGAGUUUUGAAGAGCUCGAACUGAUUGAUAGGGAAAUCUUAAACAAGUACUAUAUGGAGCACAAAGUGGUUUAUCCCAUGCUGGAAGGUCGCAUAACUAUAAUUAACAAAAAGCGGCGAACAAGUGCCGCAUCGACCCAAACACAAUGUUUACUCAUUCCCAUUGUUCUAAUUACCAAAUAUUCUAUAUUUUUUUAUUGGUAA